AUGAGAGACAACGCGCACAUCCCGGGGAUGGGAUGGUGGCCACCAAAACUCCGCCUCAAACAGUCUGACCUAUGCUCUGAGUGCGCCGCCAUCGACUUCAUGGCAGCUUUCAACCCGCCUCAGGAUUACAAGUCCAAAGAACAGCCAUGGAUUCUACUUGUUGAGCGCGAACGACUGGACAUCGACUCGAACUGUCCCCUUUGUCGAUACUUCUCUCACAUCUGCUGCUCGAUCGAUGAGAAUGGCAUCUACUUCAUCGCGUUCCAUGAACAGCCUUCACCUCUCGAUAAAGAUUGCAACACACAACAUGGAAAGGAAUACCGGUCCCUUGACAAGAUUCUCAUUUCUGUGCUGCGCACGCGCCAUAUUAACUACGUCUUGCGAUGUUUCGAGGCUCACCCUUUUGGUGGUAGUUUCGACGGUAUACUGCGCCAGAAGUCCGGUUUCAUAGUAUGCCAUCUCAACAAGCCGACCCGGGAACCGCGUACACCACAAAUAGUCCCCAAAGCUCUGGACGUCUCCUUGCCGAAGGCCUGGCUUGAGCUAUGCACCCGCCGGCAUGGAACAUGCAGGUGUGCUAUCAAUACUCGAUUGCAGAUGCCCAGGACUAGGUUGAUCGAUUGCAAGGCCCGCAAACUCAUCAAUGUGGGAGUGUGGCCCUUUCAUAUGCCCCGCUUCGCGGCGCUAAGCUAUAGGUGGGGAGUGACACCGGAGCCCCAGAUAGAGCAGGACCGAGAGGAUCGUAGUAAACGAAAAGGCUCCUUGUCGAACUUGCCGUUGACCAUUGAAGACGCCAUAUCGGUAACCAAAGGCCUUGGCCUGCGCUAUUUGUGGGUUGAUCAAUAUUGCAUUGAUCAGAACAACAGCAAAGAGAAACAGGCACAAAUACAAAAAAUGGACCGCAUAUACCAAUGUGCUGAAGUUGCUAUCAUGGCGACCGCGGGGGAAGAUUGUCACUACGGCUUGCCUGGCGUGUCGAAACGUGCACGCCGAGUUCUAGAUCCUUUCAUUCUAGAUGAUACCCUCACCUUCGGUAUUUGUCCUGCGGCAGGGGCACACUGGCAAAAUGGCGCGUGGCACGAACGAGGCUGGACUUUCCAGGAGACACACCUCCCAAGGAGGCGCUUGGUCUUCUCCGACACGCUUGUGCAUUUCGAAUGUGCGCACCACAGACCAUGGCAAAGAGAAAAUAGUGGCGGAUUUGAGACCGUACAGCACAACGCUAAAGAGGCACGCAAGCUAAAAGGAAGUUACGUUGCGAUGGUAUUAGAUCCUCGCCGGGCCCUGGACACGUGGGACUGGUGUGAGAUUACGCCCCUUAUAUCUACGGUUUCGCUCCAAAGGGUAGCCGCAUAUGCGCACCGUGGGAACUUUGAGGCUUGCAUAGUGGAAUACUAUUCGUUCGUCCACUACUACACGAUGCGGAAACUCUCCUACGCCUCCGACAGCCUCAACGCUUUUCUUGGUUUGGCAAACGCCAUGCAGGAAUUCCGUCACCCUAUUUACAACGUGGCUGGGGUUCCUUUCAUGGUGGGCAACAAGCGAAUCGACAGAGACUAUUGGGCCGAGUCCUCAUUCUCUUCCGGACUUGCGUGGUUUUCAAUUCAGGGGACGGACAGGUCUGACCAACAAGAUGCUGUCAACGGUGAAUUUCCGUCCUGGAGUUGGGGCAACGUCAAGUUAUGGCCUGUUAUGCUUGAUUACCUUGAGAUGCCCAGGCCCAAGAUUCCUACGCCGCCUCGAAAAGAGUCGAAGAACCGUGCAAUCAAGCACAAGGCCCGACUACGAGACAUACAAGUCGAGUUCACCUCUGACGGAAACAAACAGGUGACUGGACUUGUCGACUACGCAGACAAGUCCAGGAAAGCGAUAAAGAUGAGCCUGCCACAACCGACAGCUUUGCUUUUCAAGGCGCGCUUUGUGCCGUCUCACGCCAUCGGUAUUCUCUCUGAAGAUGAGAACAUUGAUGAAGACGAUAUAUACUCAGGAGAAUUCUGCCAUGACGAGCAUGGAAGGAGAGAACAUUUCAAGAUAGGGCUCGUCGAGGAUACCUCCGAUGAAACCAAUAGGUAUCCCCAGGCUGACUUACAGGAUCCAUGGUGGGAUUCUAGGAGGUAUCGCCUGAUUGUUCACGACAGGGAGUUUCACCACGAUAUGCUUGCGUCAGGAUGGAGUCUCUUGCUGCUUCGCUGCUUCGAUACGCCGCAUAGUGUACGACUGCUUGUUGUCAAGAGAGUGGAAGAGAACACUGCAAGCCGAGUUGGUACUAUUUGUGUGAGGCCCGGACAUCGCUCAUAUGGUUUUGACGCCAUUGUGGCGGGUAAGUUUCUCCGGUGUUUUACAGAUGAGAGGGAAGUAAGGCUGGUGUAA